UCGCUGAAACAUGGCAUCGAAGCACAACAAGAUGAUCGUCCCGAAGUCAUUCCCAAAGCUUCCAAGCUUUUCUGUAAUUUUGUUCGUUGUAUUUAUCUUUUUUCCGUCUGGUGGAGCAGAAAUCCACACAGCCAUCAUAGACAAGCACAGCGGACAGCUGUCAAUCAUCGAAGGCUUUCAUGAAGAUUUUGUUGCCUGGGCAAACUUCACUGAUGAUAUCAAAACAACAGGUUGGUCCUUUUUGGAGAUCACCACCAGCAGUCGUUACAAUGACAGCAUUCAAGCUUAUGCAGCUGGUGCAGUGGAGGCUGCAGCUACAUCUGAGCUCAUUUAUAAACACUGGAUGAACACCCUAAUGGGUUACUGUGGGCCCUUCCUGUCUGAAACCAGUUAUUGUGAGCGCCUCAAGGCUUUUAUCUCAGCCAACACACGGUGGGUUCAGGAUCAAGUGGAGAAUGAGCCAAAUUCACCCUACUGGUACCAGGUGGGACUGGCACUACUACAGCUUAAAGGCCUGGAAGAUGGAUUCCAUAACCAGCUGCACUUUCCUACAGAGCGCUUCUCCUUCAAUCCUUUUGGCUUCAUACUUUUCCAAAUGGGUGGAGAUCUUGAAGAUUUGGAGUCGGCGCUGAACAAAUCCAGCCAAACCCGUCCCCUUGGCUCUGGUUCCUGCUCUGCACUCAUUAAGCUCCUGCCCAACAAUAAAGAUCUGCUGGUGUCACAUGACACCUGGAACACGUACCAGGCCAUGCUGCGCGUUAUGAAGAAAUACAUCUUCCCCUUCAAAACAUCCCCUUUAGACAACUUUGCACUUCCUGGCGGAACUCAGGCGUUCUCAUCAUAUCCCGGUUCCAUCUUUUCUGGAGAUGACUUCUACAUCCUGAGCAGUGGCUUGGUUACACUGGAAACCACCAUUGGCAACAGUAAUCCUGCUCUCUGGAGGUUUGUUCAGCCUAAAGGAACCGUAAUGGAAUGGCUGCGGAACAUCGUUGCUAAUCGGUUGGCUUCAACAAGCAAGGACUGGGCGGAGAUAUUUAGCAAAUACAACAGUGGAACGUACAACAACCAGUGGAUGAUUGUGGAUUAUAACCAAUUCACACCCGGACAGACUGACAUUAAAGAGGGACUUUUAUUUGUGUUGGAGCAGAUUCCGGGACGUAUUGUUUACAAAGAUAAGACCCAGGAGCUCCUUAAGAGCGGUUACUGGGCUAGUUACAACAUACCGUACUAUGUGGAGAUAUUUAAUGCCAGUGGCUGCAAUAAGCUGGUGGAGCAGUUCGGCCCAUGGUUCUCUCUGGAUCAGAAUCCUCGUGCUCAAAUAUUUAGGAGAAACCAGACUCAUGUUAAAGAUUUGGACUCCAUGGUGCGCCUGAUGAGAUAUAACAACUUCAGAGAAGAUCCACUCUCAAAAUGCGAUGGAUGUGAUCCACCUCAGAAUGGGGAGAACGCAAUCUCAGCCCGUUCAGACCUGAACCCAGCAAAUGGAACAUAUCCGUUUGGUGCCUUAAAGCAGAGGCCACAUGGAGGAACAGACAUGAAGCUGACUUCCUACGAAAUGUUCAGGGAGUACGGUAUGCUGGCAGUCAGUGGGCCGACCUGGGACCAGGUGCCACCUUUCCAGUGGAGCACAUCCCCCUAUGAAGACCUGGUCCAUAUGGGACACCCUGAUGUGUGGGCUUUCAAGCCUAUAAAAGUCACAUGGUCACCCUAAUUGUUGCAUAUAUUUGGUACUAAGUGAAUGUUUAAGGUUUUUAACGAAAGAAAAUGAUGGUCUUAGAAUUUCUGUUGCUUUAUAGCAGUGCUGACAUUUGAUUUUUUGUUUGAUUACUUUCAACAGAUCUGUAAUUUUAUUGAAAGAACCUCUGAAUACCAAUAGUAUCACAAGUUUGUAAUUACAACAUUUUAUUCUUUAAUUUUG